ACCUUAAGCUUGGUAGCAGAAGGAAAUAUGUCUACCACAAUUUGCCAAGUGAUGGGCUUUUGUGUCGGAGCCCUUGGGUUUGCGGGCUGUAUUGUGGCCACAGCGAUGGAUCCAUGGAGCACUCAGGAUUUAUACAAUAACCCAGUGACAUCGUUAUUCCUGUAUCAAGGCCUUUGGAGGACUUGUGUGAGUCAGAGUUCGGGUCUUACUGAGUGUCGGCCUUAUUAUACAAUUCUUGGGCUUCCAGCGAUGCUUCAAGCUGUAAGAGCACUGAUGAUCGUGGGCAUUGUGCUGGGUGCUUUUGGUCUCCUGGUGGCUACAUUUUCUCUGAAAUGUUUACGGAUGGGCAACAUGGAAGACUCUGCCAAGGCAAGCAUGACUUUGGCUGCAGGAGUCAUGUGCAUUGUAUCUGGUAUCUGUGCUAUCUGUGGAGUAUCUGUUUUCGCCAACAUGCUUGUCACAGACUACUGGAUGUCAACAGCUAAUAUGUACCAGCCAGGAAUGAUGCCGUCACUUCAAGUAAGAUACACAUUCGGUGCUGCUCUCUUUGUGGGAUGGGUUGCUGGAGGCCUGGCCUUUGUGGGAGGCAUUAUGAUGUGUAUUGCUUGCCGAGGACUGGUACCUGAGGAGACCCAUUACAAGGCAGUCUCCUACAAGUCUGCUGGAUAUAAAUCUGCUUAUGAAACUAAGAAGACUCCAGUAAUGGAUAAUAAUACUGUCAAAAGUGAUGAAGGAAGACGUUCCUACCCUUCAAAAUAUGACUAUGUAUAGAAAUUGUCCUGUUAUUAUAUGUUUUCACAUUCUACUUGUUAAAACUUUAGCUUUAAUCCAAACUAGGUGAAGUGUUAAUAUCACGUCUGACCUCUCUUUGAAUUAUUCUUAGGUUUGCCCUUAUGAUGCUGUAAAUCUCUUCUCCAUUUGUUUAUUAAUGUUUGCUUUAUUAUUGUAAAUAUCGUGGUAAACUUGAAAUUAAUUG